GCUGCGACACGAUGGCAGGAAUCCGUUGGACGUGGGAGAGAGGGCGCUUCAGUUUGAAACGAUGAGGUAAAUCAGAUCUGAAGAGGGGGGGACACCCACUCACCUCAGACUCAGAGCAGAAAAAAGUCUCCAGCAUGUCCAGUCUGUCCUACCGUGUCUCAGGAUCUCGCCCCGGCUCCAUGAGGGCCGGCAGCGUGUGCGGCGGCGCCGGGGGAUACGGCGUCCGCAUCUCCAGCACAAGCGCUCCCAGGAACUUCUCCUCCUCCGCUGCCGCAGGUCUCGGGUCUGGUGGCUUCGACCUCGCCGACGCCGUUGAUAUCUCAGACAACAAGAAGAUGGCCAUGCAGAACCUGAACGACCGCCUGGCCUCCUACCUGGAGAAGGUGCGCAAGCUAGAGGCGGCCAAUGCUGACCUGGAGCUGAAGAUCAAGGAGUUCCUUGAGAAGAAGACCAAAGUAGAGGGGAACGACUACUCUGCCUACUACGCCACCAUAAGUGAGCUGCAGGCCAAGAUCCUCCACGCCACCAGCACAAAUGGAUCCCUUUACCUGACGAUUGAUAACGCCAAGCUGGCUGCUGAAGACUUCAAAAUGAAGUACGAGAACGAGCUGAGCAUGCGUCAGAGUGUGGAGGCUGACAUCGCUGGGCUGAGGAAGGUCCUCGACGAGCUGACGAUGACGAGGUCCGACCUGGAGAUGCAGAUCGAGUCUCUGAAGGAGGAACUCAUCCACCUCAAGAAGAACCAUGAGGAGGACUUGCUCGCGCUGCGCUCCCAGAUGAGCGGUCAGGUGAACGUGGAGGUGGAUGCUGCUCCUCAGGAGGAUCUGACUGCAGUUAUGGCCCAAAUCAGAGAUCACUACGAGAACGUUGCUACCAAGAACCGCAGAGAACUGGAGGCCUGGUUCCAGACCAAGUCUGAUGAGCUGAAUAAGACGGUCGCUGAGAGCACAGAGGUUCUUCAGUCGUCUCGCUCUGAGAUCACAGAGCUCAAACGCACCCUGCAAAGUCUGGAGAUCGAGCUCCAAGCACAGCUCAGUAUGAAAAAGUCUCUGGAGAACACUCUAGCCGAAACCCAGAGCAGGUACGCCAGCAUGCUGGCAGGUUACCAGCAGCAGGUGACGUCUCUCGAAGAACAGUUGAUGCAGCUGAGGGCCGACCUGGAGCGUCAGCGACAAGAUUACCAGAUGCUGCUUGACAUCAAAACCAGGCUGGAGAUGGAGAUCGCGGAGUACAGAAGGCUGCUGGAUGGAGAACUGGACAGCUCGUCUUCCUCCAAAAAGACCACCACUCGCAAAGUGGUGAUUGUCACCAGAGAGACCACUGAGGACGGAGAGGUGACCACCGAAACUCAGGAGAUGAAAUGAGACGACAAACAUCCGUCAACACGUUCCUAAACGUUCUCAGAAG